AUGACCGGAAAUCAAAAGCCCACAUCGUGCCUAGUCGUCGGCAACUACUGCCACGACGUCCUGAUGAAGGACGAUGCCAUUCUAGGCGAAUCCCUCGGCGGAGCCGCCGCCUUCAUCUCCGCCGUGAUGGACGGCGUCGCCAUCCCCUCCACCUUCGUGUCCAAGGUGGGUCCGGAUUUCGCCUACUCCGUCGCCCACCCACCCCUCGUCUCCCCCUCCUCCAAGACAACUCUCUUCCACGCCCAUUUCUCGUCGCAAGUCCAGCGCGAGGACCGCGUCCUCAAGCGCGUCCGCGCGUGCGAGCCCAUCGCCCCCUCCGAUCUCCCCACCUCGCGGCGGUUCGAGUUCGGCCUUGCCGUCGGCGUGGGCGGGGAGAUACUCCCGGAGACGCUGGAGAAAAUGCUCGACAUUUGCGAGACGGUGCUAGUCGAUGUCCAGGCGUUGAUUAGGGUUUUUGAUGCCGGCGAUGGAACAGUGAGGCUCGUGAACCUGAGGGAUUCAGGGUUUUAUCACCUCAUUCCUAAAAUCGGGUUUCUGAAAGCCUCAUCGGAUGAGGCGCCAUAUAUUGAUUUGGCUGAGGCGAAGAAUGCAUGCUGUGUGGUGGUGACGAAUGGGGAAGACGGGUGCAGGGUUUAUUAUAGGGAUGCGGAGCAGCACAUAGCUCCCUUUCCGACUGUACAGGUCGAUCCUACAGGAGCAGGGGAUAGCUUUCUUGGCGGGCUUGUUUUCGGGCUGGCACAGGGCCUGACCGUCCCGGAUGCAGCCUUGUUAGGGAACUUUUUUGGUUCGCUUACUGUUUCGCAGCUUGGCCUUCCCAAGUUCGAUUUGAGUUUAUUGCAGGCAGUUAAGAAUGAGGUGCAGAGAAAGAGAUUGCAGUUAUUUGAGUGCCGUCAAGGGCUAAAUGACGAGUUGGUUUUCUCGAAGCCUUUAGAUCACGACGAAUUUCAUACGGUACUCGUCAGAGCCAAAACAUUGCCCACAUCUCAGCAAGAAUGCCAACUCGAGUUGCCUCCCGGCUCACCUCGAGUGGUGGAAAAUCACAACAACCUUCCUUGCAGUGGUCAACCAACAUUAUUUUCCGGAUAG